AUGGGAAAGGAAGACUACAUAUCCACCGGUGGGAGUCUGAAGCUCAAAGGAACUAAAGACGGCGGUAUCAAAAAGAAGAAGAAGAAGAAGCCUGCAACCCCGGAUCCAACAUCAGAACUAAAAUCACGCACGGCUUCCGCCAAAGCCACGAGUGCCGAUGGACUAGAAGAGCGUGAGGAGGAGGAGAGGGAGGAACCGGAGGAUCCCUACGCUGGAAAGACUGAGGCCGAGAGGCGGUUCGAGGAGAGGAAGCGAAAGAGGAUGGACGAGAGACUCAAGAAGGAGGGAAUCAAAAGUCACAAGGAGCGUGUUGAGGAGUUUAACAAGUAUUUGAGUAAUCUCAGUGAGCACCACGACAUGCCCCGUAUCGGACCAGGCUAACAUCUCUUGUGGGAAAUCUGGGUGCUCGAUUGGUCUCGGUGUUUUUCAUUAUCUGUAUGAUAUCACUUCACUUUGGCUCUCUAAUAACAAAGUCAUUCUCGAA